CAAGCUUUUCCUUCCUUCUUUUCUUUCCGUUUGUCUCAUUUCACGAUAUCUCCUUCUUGAAAAUGGCGGAGAUACUACCGGUCCAGGUUGACGAGUCGAAGAGUAGGACUGACGGGGGCAAGAAGAAGAAGGCGAUUCCGAAGGGAGUGGUGUUGGACAAAGACGGUAAACCCUGCCGCUCAUGCACUAGCUUCCGCGACUGGGCCGCAAUGACUAGGAAGAAAAUCACUCCGCCUCAAUCCAAAGAACCCUCGUCAACAACCGCAACUGCAACUGCAACCUCCCUUCCGCCGGACUGCCCCCCGGACGUCGAAACUCUCGGCCGCUCAACGUGGACCCUCCUACACACUAUCGCGGCAACCUACCCUACCACUGCGCCCCGGGAAAAACAGGACGAGAUGAAGACCUUCAUGAACAUAUUUUCGCGGGUAUAUCCGUGCUGGGUGUGCGCCGAAGAUUUCCAGCGCUGGAUCGAGCGCCCGGAGAAUAAGCUUGUGCCUGGCCGAGAGGAGGGACACCUCGGCGGGAGGGCGAGCUUGGAACAAUGGAUGUGCGGGGCGCAUAAUGAGGUUAACAGGAAGCUGGGGAAGAGUGAGUUUGAUUGUCGGAGGUAUGAGGAACGCUGGAGAACCGGAUGGGCAGAUGGGAGGUGUGAUUAGAUCACGUUAGUUUAGGGAGGAAAGAACUUGUAGGAGGGGGUGGAUUAUGGGGUGCGCCGGUAGUUGCGGAUAUCGUGAUAUUGAUUGUUGCGUAAAACACUGGUGAAACCCA